AUCCGGGGCAGCCUGCAGUGCAACUGUUAUCCAGGCAGCCACAGCAAAUGGCCAUCAGCGCCUCCACAAGGGAACUGGCCGAGUUAAUCGACCUGCAUCUCGGGGAGCUGCGGCCCAAGGAGCCCGCCUGGAGGGUGUCUGACUCGCCCAUCUCUGGGCGCGGCAUAUUCGCCACCCGCGACAUUGCCAAGGGCGAGGAGUUGUUCCGAGAGCACACCAUCCUGGUGGGGCCGACGGCCCACCGCUCCUCCAACCUACGCACUUGCACGCUCUGCUACCGCCUGGUGCCGGGACAGACGGACGCGGAAGCUCUCUGUCUCGCCGGCUGCGGCCUGCCCGUGUGCGGGGAGUGCGGAAAAUCGCCGCGUCACAAGACCGAGUGCGAUCUGUUUCUCAAGUGGAAGCCCAAGGUGACGGAACGGAUCGAUCCGCGCUCACUGCGCAUUCUGAGCGUGGUACGCUGCUUCUUCCUGGACGAGCAGCAGCGGCGGCUCCUCUACGCGAUGCAGGCCAACGCGGACCGCUACUACAUGAAGGAGGUGGAGCGGGCGGCCGCCUGUUUUGAGGACUUCCCCCGAGAACAGGAAAUGCUCGACUUCUUUUACCGCACCAUCUGCGCCUUCAACACGAAUGCGUUUGAAAGCCGCAGCUGCGUCGAGGGUCACGAGGUACUGAUCCGCGCCCUAUUCCCCCUGGCGGGGCUGUUAAACCACCAGUGCACUCCCAAUGCCGGCCACCACUUUCAGGACGGCGAGACCAUCAUCGUUUGCGCCACGGAGCGAAUCGCCUGCGGGGCCGAGAUCACAGUGUCUUAUGCUAAGAUGCUCUGGUCCACCCUGGCCCGAAAGAUAUUCCUCGGCAUGACCAAGGGCUUCAUGUGCCAGUGUCCCCGCUGCCAGGAUCCAACGGUGAGUUCUCCCUUGGAUAAGGAUCUUGAUCAGCAGCUGCAGCUGCAACUGCAACUGCAACAGCAUCCAAUUUGGGAGCGAUGGAUCCAGCCGGAAGUUUUGUAA